AUGGUCGUUGAAUGGCAAUUGAAAUAUAUUGAUUUUAAAUUUGUGAAUGAUCGAUUGAAGAACAUUCAAGAGGAAUUGAAACAAUUGAAAAGAUCAUCCUCGACGAAUCAAAUAACUUCUCAUGAUCGUACUCAUAGAAGAAGAAGAUCAAUUGGCGCUAGUUUGUAUCGAUUCGCUGUCGAUCGUGUUUUAGCAACGAGUAGUAGUAGUAACACAAGUGAGAAUGACAGUACCACUUCACAGGGUCAUCAUCCAUUCGAUCAUGACAUUCAAGAAUUGAUUCAUGAUUUCAAAUAUUUACUCUACAAGGAAUUGAAUAAGAUCAAUUCUUUUUAUACUCAACAAGAAAAUGCAAUGAUCAUUGAACAUGAUCGUUUAUUAGAACAAAUUGAAAAGAUUAAUGAAAUAUUGGUGAAUUUCAAUGCAUUGAUUUAUUUGUGUACUAGAUUAGAAGAAAUUGUUGGACGAAAAGUGAAAUGGAGUUUUUAUGAAAUGAAUGAAAUGAUUCAUCCAUCAACGAAUGAUCAUCACUCUGCAGAGAUUCGAAAUGAUCAUGAAACCACAACAACAACAACAACAACACACAGUACCAUUGGUAUGACUUCUCAAAUCAACUCUCAAUUCAACCAAUCUUUGAAUGAAGAGGAUGAUUUUAAACUUUCAACCAACAAAUUUAUCAAAUCUCAAUAUUUCAAAGAUUCUAAAAUUGUUGAACAUCAUAUUCGUGAUACUGUUGAAUAUUAUGCUGAAUAUUUCUUUGAAAAAGAUACUAAGGCAGCCAUUGCAGCAUUGGGAAAGAUGAGAGGAGGUAUUCUAGGAAGUGCUUCAGGUGGUUAUGGUGGCAGUUAUGGUGGCACAUUCUUCCAUUCAUCAUCAAAAGAUGUCUUCUACAGUGGUAUAUUAUUAGGUACCUUGUUCAUUCUCAUUGGUGUGAAUAUAUUCUAUUAUUUUCAUACCUAUGAAUUUGCACCAAAUUUAUCAAGUAUUGAUUAUAGUGAUCAAUCCUUUUCACUCUAUCGAUUAAUUCUAUUUCCAGUCAUGUUAGCAUUUCUCAUUGCAGUGAAUAUUAGAAUUUGGUCUAGCCACUCUAUUAAUUAUAUCUUUAUUUUAGGAUUGAAUCCAUUGAUGAGUUUACAAACUUUUCGAUUUCUAACCAUUACCUAUUAA